AUGAAUUUAACAAAGAGUUUAAGAGCUCUCACCUUUUUAAAUUGCAGUACUCAAACUACUACUGCUGCUUCAACAUAUACUCCAAUCUUUGUUAGGUAUGAUCGUGACAGAUAUCUCUUUUUCUAUAAAUGUAGAUCAUACGCAAGAGUAGUUGAAUCAGUUGAAGUACCAGAAGAACUAUUAAAGAAAUACCCAAAGCCACAUAGAGAUCAACCAACACACGCAAGAAAACUACGAGUUAGAAGAGAGGUACAAGUUAGACGUAACCUCAAACUCAAAGAACACCAAAAACCAAUCCAAGACUGGCGUCUUGCACCUGUACAUCAUCUUCCAAGAUUUGACGCAUCGAUCGUCAAACCAAAAGUAGACUACAAGAACAGAGUCGAUCAAUUUGAAGACAAGCCAUUUGGUUAUUUGAGACGUAAAGAAGAGAAACAAAGACAAUUAAAGGCAGAGGAAGAGGAAAUCAUAAAUCAAUUGAGAAUCAAGAGAGAACAAAAGAAAGAAGAAGAACAAAGAUUAAAAGAAGCAAAGACAGAGGCAUUAAAAGCAAGACAACAAGAAAUUGUUCAAUAA